GACCACAGGGCCAGUUUCGACGCACUGCAGUUUGCACACUAGUAAACGGCACUGCAGUCGACUGGCAUUGCUAGGGUGGUGCGUAGGUUUGUGGCAUCCAAUGCCCGCACAAGCGCGGUGUUCCAAAGUCCAGUCUCCGAUGAUGCCUUUAACAAUUUGUCAAAGCUCAACAGACUGAAUACAUUACUGUAGAGACUUUCUUCUUCACCCUGAGGAGAUUCUGGACUUGGAAACACCGGUUUUGCUUGUGAUGUCGCGCUGGGUGUAGCUUGCCACCCAGAAGAGGGACAGGAGGUGUCGUCAGUCAUUCUCCCGAACAUUUAGAACGUUGGGUUUGUUUUGAUGCCCACCAGAACCUCAAAAUACCAUAAUUAUUGCAUAUCAUAAAGGUUGUCCGGCUAUUGGACAGUGCAGCUCACUGGAAAAAGUCUCCAGGGCAAUGUCAUGCCCUGGCUUGCCAGCGUCCCGUCUCUCCUUGAGAAGACAUCCAGUGUAUUAUUCCAGACGCCAUUGUCGUUAAGGAUCGUCAAGUGCAGAUCAAUGGGACCGUUGGUGGAAGCAGAUCAUAGAACGUCACUUCCGAUCGCUUGAGUCAUCAAAAUGGUUCAACGAUCGCGCGCGUUGUGAAUGCUUCCUCUGUACGUCCCAGCUUUACAUCAAGGAAACACUUGUCUUGUCAUGUCGUGCAGGUCAUUCCUGUUGCGUUUUCCAGGCAGCACGCGGACAUUUGCGCGCCAGCCGCAACUAUCUCCAGCAUUCAGAACCUCCCCUUUCACCUGCCCGCCCAAACGCAAUGUGCAAAACAUACAGCUUCGAGCAUUCACAGCAACGCAUUCUAGAGGGCAACGCAUAAUAAUUCAACCCGGUCCAGAGUGGCGGGGCCGGCGAGAUCAAGAAUAUGAGUACUUUAAACAACAGCCCCCACCCUUUUGGCAAAAUAAGACAUUUUUAAUGUGGACUGCAGCAGGUGGAGGUCUUUUUGGAGCGUAUUAUGUCAGCCAUCUGGAAACAGUCCCCAUAACAGGCCGAAAAAGAUUCAUUGAUGUGACUCCUCAACAAGAAAAGAUGAUGGCCAAGCAGGCAUUUCAGCAAGUGAUGGCUCAGUAUGGUCCGAAAAUAUUACCAUCUUGGCAUCCGUAUUCCCUUUUUGUGCGCCGGGUAGCGGAGAGAUUAAUUAAGGUGACUGGAAUGAGUAAUCUCCACUGGGAAGUGUACGUCAUUGAAGACCCGCAGAAGAACGCUUUUGUUUUACCAGGCGGAAAAAUCUUUGUCUUCACCGGCCUGAUUCCCAUUGUAGAGGACGAAAACGGCAUGGCCGCAGUACUUGGGCACGAAAUUGCACACCAAAUUGCACGCCAUUCCGCUGAAAAGCUCUCUUGGGCUAAAAUAUUGAUUGUAGCGCAACUGCUCAUGGCGUACAUUUUUGACCCGGGGAUGCUCUUUAGUCGUUUGUUCCUAGAGCUUGGCAUCUUGAUGCCUUUCUCCCGCAAAAUGGAGUCGGAAGCAGACUACAUUGGACUGAGGCUCAUGGCGCAGGCCUGCUAUGACCCGGUGGCGGCAGUGGGUUUAUGGGAGCGCAUGAAGGAGGCUCAGAGGAGCUCAAAGUUGCUCGAGUAUGUCAGUACACAUCCCAGCCCGGAGAAACGGAUACAGAAGAUUACUGAAUGGCUACCCGAGGCAGAGAUGAUUAGAGAAGAGUCGGACUGUGAACAUACCGCAUCCAUCAUGGAUAGCUUCCGCCACCUACCACGGCCCAUUUGGUAGCGAUUUAUUAUGAAUAUCUAUGAACAUUUCGGUGAAGGCAUUUUGGAGCGCUCUAUCUCCUGUGUUUGAAUUUUAUGAACGGCGUGGCUUCACGUUAGAUUCCGAUAUAAUGGCUUUCUCUGUUACGUUGACUGUCUUUACAACAUCCAAAAAAGGUACCACUUUCCCGUUGGUAUAUUAAAUUCUUCCUCCGUGAAAUCCUUGAGUGGCUUCCUCGACUGUAGCACCCGACAGAGAUUACGACCUCCUUGAAGUGCUUCUGAAUUCAACUUACUGGGCUGACACUGUAGCAGCAGCUGACGCUCGUACAUUAUCUAACAUCCGAGUUGCACUGUAAUUGUUCGCACCAGCAGGUGCAUAGUGCACAUUUGUUUCCGAUCUUGGCACCAAACUUUCCGGUUCGCGCUUUUCUGUGGGUGGGUCAUGC